ACAUCAUUACAUUAAAAACCAUGACGACGCCUUCGCCGACCUCCUCUCCUCCCUCUGAUUCAAACCCUAAUUCCGCCGCUACUCCGCCGCAUCACAAACAACAACCACCCUCUCCUCCUCCACCCACGAAUCCAUCCUCUCCACCUCAACACAUCACCGUCGUAGCUUUAGCCGCAUCAACCUCCGCCGUCGCCAGAAAAACCCAACCAGUUCUCUGGACUCACGACGAGACUCUCCUUCUAAUCGAAUCAUACAAAGAGAAAUGGUACGCAAUUGGUCGUGGUCCUCUAAAAUCAACUCACUGGGAAGAAAUCGCCGUCGCUGUCUCAUCUCGUUCCGGCGUUGAACGGUCAUCUACACAGUGUAGGCAUAAGAUCGAGAAGAUGCGUAAAAGAUUCCGAUCUGAGAGACAGAGUAUGGGACCUAUCUCAAUUUGGCCAUUCUAUAAUCAAAUGGAGGAAUUGGAUUCAAAUCCUGCUCCGAUCUCAGCUCGUCCUCUCACUCGUCUUCCUCCAAAUUCGAAUAAUCGCUACGUAGACGACGAUGAAGAAGAAGAAGAGGAUAACAACAACUACGAAGAAGAAGAAGAAGAUGAGAGACAGAGUAAAUCAAGAAGUAUCAAUUACAUAUUGAGAAGACCUGGAACUGUUAACAGAUUUGCUGGAGUUGGUGGAGGAUUAUUGUCAUGGGGACAAAAAGAGAGAUCAUCAAAGAGGAAGAGGAACGACGGAGACGGCGGUGAGAGGCGGAGGAAGGGAGCGAGAGCUGUUGCGGCGGAGAUUAGGGCGUUUGCUGAGAGAGUAAUGGUAAUGGAGAAGAAGAAGAUUGAGUUUGUUAAAGAGACAGUGAGGCUUCGUAAGGAAAUGGAGAUUAGAAGAAUCAAUUUGAUUCAGAGUUCACAAACUCAGCUUCUUGAAUUUAUCAACAAUGCUUUUGAUUUUUUCUAACGCAGAGAUUAGUGUCAUUGUUGGUUUUAGAUUUGUAACAUAGGUAAUGAAUUGAAGAAAUGCAC